AUGUUUCAGCUACCUGUGAGCUUCAAGGAUGUGGUGGUGAGCUUCACACAUGAGGAGUGGGCACGGCUGGACCUGGUGCAGAGGACACUGUACCGUGAUGUGACUCUGGAGACAUGUGACCACCUUGUCUCUCUGGAGUGGAAGACUACACUUGAAAAGAAAGAGUCCAGUUCUGAAAAGGAUAUUGGUGUGGAAAAACCAUCCUUCCAUGUGGAAAUGAAACGCUGUAUAGAGGGCCCCUGGUCUGUGUCAAGGACACACACUGGAGAGAAGCCAUAUACUUGCAGUCAUUGUGGAAAAGCUUUCAAAUGGAGAUAUCUCCUUAUUGUGCAUCAGAGAACGCACACUGGGGAGAGGCCUUAUCAGUGUAACCUGUGUGUUAAAACCUACCGUGGUCAGUCAGCUCUUAUAAAACACAGGAGAACCCACACAGGUGACAAACACUAUGAAUGUAAUGACCGUGUAAAGUUCUUUAACCAGCAGGGUCACCUUACUAGGCAUCAAAGAAUUCAUAGUGGAGGGAAACCUUACUUGUGUACUCACUGUGGAAACUCCUUCAGCCGUAGCUCUGACUUUGUUGCACAUAAAAGGAUUCACAGUGGAGAGAAACCAUACGAAUGUAACCACUGUGGGAAAUCUUUUUGGGAGCGAAAACAGCUUCUUGCACAUCUGCGAACUCAUGCUGGAGAGAAGAAAUUUUAUGAAUGCAGUCAUUGUGAGAAAGUUUUCAAAUGGAGGUCUCACCUCAUUCUGCAUCAGAGAACACACACUGGAGAAAAGCCUUAUGAGUGUAUUGACUGCGGGAAAGCCUUCAGUGAUGGAUCAUCUCUUAGAAAACACGAGAGGACACACACUGGCGAGAAACCCUACCACUGCGACCAGUGUGGGAAAUCUUUUCGGCAGCAGUCACAGCUUGUCGUGCACCAGCGAACCCAUACUGGAGAGAAACCUUAUGAAUGCAGUCAUUGUGGGAAAGCUUUCAGCCAGAGAUCUGGCCUCAUUGUUCAUCAGAGAACACACACUGGAGAGAAGCCCUAUAAGUGUAAAAUCUGUGUUAAAGCCUUCAGCCAGAGAUAUCUCCUCAUUGUGCACCAGAGAACACACACUGGAGAGAAGCCCUAUCAGUGUACCAUGUGUGUUAAAGCCUUCAGUGGUCGUUUAGCUCUUCAAAAACAUGAGAGGACACACAAGGUCAAGAAACCCCAUGAAUGA